CAUCCUUAUGCAUCAUCAAUAUCCAUCACUGUAAGACCUUACAGCCAUGGCUUCCUCCAAAUUCUCCAUUAUCCUCUCUCUCUCCGUAGCCCUCUUCCUGCUGCUUCUCACCCAAGCAAACUCAAUCAACGAAGUCUCCUUCAACAUCCAGUCCUUCGACUCAUCCAACCUUAUCCUCGAAGGUGACGCCACCGUCUCAUCCGCCGGCCGCUUACGAUUAACCAAAGUUAAAGGCAACAAACCCCAGCCGUCAUCUCUUGGCCGCGCCUUCUACUCCACCCCCAUUCAAAUCUGGAACAGCACCAGCGGCAGCGUCGCCAGCUUCGCCACUUCCUUCACUUUCAACAUCUUCGCUCCCAACAAAUCAAGCGCCGCCGAUGGGCUUGCAUUUGCCCUCGUACCCGUCGGCUCUGAGCCCAAAACCAACGACGGUUAUCUGGGUCUUUUCGACAACGCCACCUACGACAGCUCCUACCAGACUGUGGCUGUGGAGUUCGACACCUACUCGAACCCUAGUUGGGACCCGGAACCCCGUCACAUUGGCAUUGACGUGAACUCCAUCGAGUCUAUCAGAUGGGCGUCGUGGGGUUUGGCGAACGGGCAAAACGCGGAGAUUCUGAUCACGUACGACGCCUCGACGCAGCUCUUGGUGGCCUCUCUGGUUCACCCUUCUCGGAGAACGAGCUACAUCGUGUCUGAGAGAGUGGACCUGAAGAGCGUUCUUCCGGAGUGGGUGAGCAUUGGGUUCUCUGGCACCACAGGGUUGCUUGCCGGCUCAACCCAAAUCAACGACGUGCUCUCUUGGUCUUUUGCUUCCAAGCUUUCAGAUGGCAUCAGCACUGGAGGUAUAGAUCUCGCCAAAUUCGUCCUCAACAAGUUCAUCUAGACUUCAUCGUGUGCUUCACUGUGACAGUAAAACAUUGCAUGCAUGACACUCUUCCUGGUCGUCGUUCUUUGUUCCUAAUAACUGUUUUUCUGUCACAGAAGUUAAUAAUAUCAUACCUUUUACUCUA